AUGUCUUCGUUGGUCGUGGUUACAGACACAGGCGUACGAACGCCUCUUCUACAAGAUUUAUCACCUCCAGUUCCACACAGCGACUCGGGCGUUAGAGAAGAAGAGAUUGUUCCUUUACCGUCACCGAACGAGUUGGAUGAAUCAAAAGCUAAUCCUACCGAUCCCAAGCAACGCCUUGUAUCUUUAGAUGUCUUUCGAGGCCUCACUGUCGCUCUGAUGAUAUUGGUUGAUGAUGCCGGAGGGGCUUUUCCAUCAAUAAACCACUCUCCAUGGUUUGGCGUGACCCUUGCGGACUUCGUAAUGCCUUUUUUCCUCUUUGGUGUUGGUGUUUCUGUGAGUUUGGUAUUCAAGAAAGUAUCCAGCAAACCAGCAGCAAUAAGAAAGGUUAUGGUCAGAACAGUUAAGCUCUUCCUCUUGGGGUUGGUUCUGAACGGCGGGUAUUUCCAUGGGCGCAACCAUUUAAGCUAUGGGGUUGAUGUCAGACAGAUACGGUGGAUGGGUGUGCUCCAGAGGAUUUCUAUUGGAUAUCUGUUUGUUUCGAUUUUGGAGAUCUGGCUUGUUAAUAAGGUUGCAGUUGACUCGGCAGUGACAUUUGUACAGAAAUAUGUCAUUCAGUGGGUGGUUGCUAUCUUAUUAGGUUCUUUGUAUAUGUGCUUGCUUUAUGGGCUUUAUGUUCCAGACUGGGCGAUUGAAGUUACGAGCAUGAACUUGACCUCAUUUGCAUCUGGAUAUGGAUCUGGUACUCAAAUUGUGCACUGUGGAGUGAGGGGUAAUCUUGAACCUCCUUGCAAUGCAGUUGGGUUGAUUGAUCGGUUUUUUCUUGGUGAACAACAUCUUUACCAACAUCCUGUGUACAGAAGAACAAAGGAAUGCAGUGUUAAUUCUCCUGAUUAUGGACCUCUACCCCCAAAUUCACCUGGGUGGUGCUUAGCUCCAUUUGACCCAGAGGGCAUCUUAAGGCGCAAAUGUAACCUUCGUGUGGUGCUUGCUGCUGCUGACCAUUUUGUCUUUGGGUAUUAUUCUGUACUUCGGCAAAAAGUGGCACAUUGGAUAGAUGUUCUCCUUGGAGAACAAAAAUUCAUGGCCUUUUCUUAUUGA